GGAGGGGACAGCGAUAAUCGAAACGAACCCCCCUUUUCCUCGUCGUCGAUCGUCCGGCCAGAUUUUUUUAGCAAAGCCGAUAAACGGCGCGGUCAUCGAGAUGUCGAAGGCCGUUUUCUCUUGGAGAGGGAAGGAAGGGAGCGAUCGACGGGGGAAAAGAAAGGCGAUCGCGUAAGCGGCACGAGGUUCGAGUUUGGUCGCUUAUUUGGCAUCGGUCGGAUCGGCCACCUAAAAUAGAGGUACCGAUUUUAAUUGGAAUAGGGUGGACCGGGCGCAAAAAAGCACGCCGCGUUCCUUGCCUCGUUCUUGCCCCGACUCGACCGAAUCGCUCGCUAAUUUAUUAGGCCGCGUUACCGCGGUCGAGUGGCCGUGGACGGCUCGAAUUAAAUUCGUAUUUGGCCGCGCACCGGCCAAAUUAGACCGGACGGAGAUAAAUCCGCGGCUCGGAUCUCUCGGUUCGAAAGCGUGGAGGAGCAGCGCGGAGGGGAAGCGGAGAGGGUGGCGUUAAAUUGAGACAUCGGGCGAUGGCCGCGGUGUGGAAAGAAGAUGGUAUCGAUGAUUAAUGCGCGCGGGGAUCGGUAAAAAGCGCGCAAUUACAUCGCGCAACGCUUAAUGACUCGAUAAGUGGUAUCGCGGAACUGUGCGCAACGCGGGAUUAUACAUGCAGCCCGUAAUAACUGCAAUUUCAUCCGGUCUCGAUCUCCGUUCGUCCAUCGUUUCGAGGGAGUCGCGUCGGGGGGAAAGAAAAAAAUCGUACCUCACUCGAGGCGCAAAAAGAACGGGGAGGGAGCGCGCGGAGAGACACGAAAGGGAGAGACAGAGAGAGAGAUGGGACCCUCGCUCGAGAAGAAGACUUUCCUCGAGCCCUGGAUUAAUACCGCGGUGGUGAAAAGCGAAGAACACGCGGACGGAAGGAGAAGAAGAGAGAGAGAGAGAGAGGGAGAGGGAAGAAGCGGUGAUCGUUCCUCUCCGGCAGGCCGGACAAUAGGAGCGCCGCGAAGUGUAGCGGACAAACAAAUAGCCAAUUAAAAUUCCGGUUGCACGGCGAACAUACUUGUAUCAGCUGCGGUACUACCAAGCAUUGUGCACCGGAGGCAUGCGGUGACUGGAUCGGUUGACUGGGACCCGAAGAUCGGUUGCUUACGACCAACCUUCGAGGACUAUCUCUCGGACGCGACCCGUUUGCACCGAGAGAGAGGAGGAGACGUCGUUAUCGAUCGAUCGCUGCUUUAUCGCCUCUCCUCCCGCUGUCCCUCGUUUCCGCGACGAUUAAUUAAAAAAAAAUCCACGCCAUGAUUAAUCACAAAUUAUGCCCCCGCGUGUUUUUCCUUUUUCCUUUUAUCCCUUCGAGAAAAGAGUAAAAUAAAUAUUCGCGCUAGAUUAUCGCUCACUCCUAAGAAGUUCCGAUUUCUCGUUCGUACGUCGAUCGUUUCGUUAAUCGGUAUGCGGAUGGUGAUAAAUGGAGCAGCGUGACGAUAAGGAUUUUACGCGAUCGUUAUUGUUACUCGAUAAAAUCGCGGGGAUGAUCAAUCAAGGCGGGAAAUUAAUUAUCUAGGAGCGGUCGUACUUGCCGCGCUCGUACAACUAUAAACGCCGGCCUUUAAAUCACUUCCUCGCCUUUCUGCGUUUCUGCCGUCCCUUUAGCGAGUAACGCGUUCGUGCGUCGAUACGAGCGUUAGCAGCCUCCAAGUAAUCUCGCGAAAUUCGGUAAAAAUCGAUCGGGAAUCGAGACGAAUUAUCGAAUCGCGACGCUGGAUGCGAUCACGGACCCGUAAUUGCACCGUUAUUCCUACGUUAUUGGCUCGUAUAUUAUUUAACGCGAUUCAAUAGCUCGGAACCGGGGAACGGUUCGAUGUUAUCCGUUCGUCGUUAAGCCGCUAUUCGCAAUAUCGAUCGCCGCUGAUGAAUGACCGCAUUUAAGCCCCCGUCAUUUUUCCCGCCGAUUAUUAACGUUAAAAUUGAACGCGUCCACAGCGCGUUAGUCCGGUAGCGACCACGUACGAAAAAAACCUACUUCUUUCUUUUAUCCCCUUUUAUCCUCCUUCUUUCUCGCCUGUCCCUUCCUCUUCCACUCGAGAGGAUCGUCGAACGCGACCCCCCCUCCAACCUACUAGGCUUCGCGAGCGAACGGUAGGAGAAAGAGAGAGAGAGAGAGAGCGUAAUUUAUCGAAGGGAUCGAGAGCAAACGAGACGAGGGUUCGAGCGCGCUCUUUGUUCGCAUCGGGUUCGAACGCGAAUUGCUCGCACGUGUAAACAGUUGGGUUACGCGAGAAACGUCCGACGGCGAACUAUCUCGUCGCUUCGAGCGUUGCUGGCGCCGCGACGCGAGGAAAGGAAAAGAAAGGAAAGAAAUUUUAUUUAGGAUCCGCCGAUAACGAGAUGGGGAGGGGAGGGGGAAGCGAUUAUCGACGGUGGAAUAAAGACGGUGGAAGAGGACGGUAGUUCCGCGAUCGACGCACGAAAAUAACGUAUUUUGCGGGGAGCGCGCGUGGGCAUCGGCAGAAAUAUAUGAACAAUCCGGUGUGCGAUGUACCUGCGCUCCCGGGGAGACUACCUGCGGCUAAUUUACAGCGAGCCGCGCGGAUAACUUCCGUCGUUAUUCUCCGCUCCCCCUCUUCUUCCCCGUCUUCGAGUUUCUCGUUCGUAACGGGUAUCGCGAUUAGGCUGAAAUACGCGGAGAAUACGAGAGAAACUCGGCUGCGUUCGCUGCGUAGGUUGAUCCGGAUCUGCCGACCUUUCCCUCCCCUCCCCAGCCUACCUACGUCGUUUCGGCCACGAGAGCUCAAGGGACACCUCGACGACCACCUCGACGAUCCGCAACCGAACAACGUGGAUGGACGUAGCUGCCGGUUCGCCGCGUCUCUCCUUGCGUGAAAUUGGCGGCGGUCCGAUCGAUCGAGAUGGACGAGACGGAAGCGAAGGGCGAGCCUGAACCCGAAGUCAAAUCCGUCGAAUGCGACGAUGAGGAUGCACCGAUCACGACCACGACCAAGAACGCGUUGAUAACGACCCAGUUGGAUCCUUGCGACGUUUACCCGCAUCGCGUCAAGGUGUCGAUCGUCGGCGUAGGGAAGAUCGGGAUCGCCUGCGCCAUCGCGAUCCUGAUGAGAAGGAUGGCGAGCGAGGUCUGCCUGAUCGACCACGACGCGAACAAGGCUUCCGCCGAGGCCGAGGAUAUCCAACACGUCGGCUUCUUUUUGGGAUGUCCACUGGUAACUGGCACUUCAGUUCCUCUCUGGUCCAGCAUCUCUGUGGGCGGAAUGAAACUUCGGGACAUAAAUUCGAGAAUAGGGGAACAGGACGAUCCCGAGAGGUGGUACGAAAUCGAGGAGAACGUGAAGAGCGUCGGGAAGGAACUCGAGGAGAAGAAAGGAUCGUGUUGCUGGGGCGUCGCCAUUUCCACCACGGAGAUCGUCGAUGCCAUCGUUAGGAACACCAAAGUCGUGCUCCCCGCUUCAACGCACAUUCUCCGACUCGCCUCCGAGCUGGUGUUCAUAGACGUGAACGAGGAACUGGCGAAAGCAGAGGCGGAAGACAUCAGCCAUGGCGCGGCAUUCCUCGGCAACCCGAAGAUCAUUGGCACCAAAGAUUAUUCGUUGGCCAGAGACGCGACGGUGUGCGUGAUCACGAUCGGAGAUAGAUCGACGAACGAGCAAGAUCCGAGCACUUUGUUGGAGCAAAAUUUGAACAUCUUCAAAGACGUUAUACCCAAAGUGUGCAAGUACGCGCCGAACAGUAUACUUUUGAUCGUGACCGCUCCAGUCGACAUUCUGUCGUACGCGGCCAUGAAGCUCUCGGGCUUCCCACCGCACCGCGUCGUGGGACUGGGCACGUUUUUGGACAGCUGUAGGUUUCAAUACUUCAUCGCGCAGAAGCUUGGAAUUUCGGCGAGCUCGGUGCAGGCCUCCGUAAUUUGCGAGAACGGACCCACGUCUGUGCCGAUCUGGUCUGCCGUGACGGUGAUGGGAAUCAAGCUGAAGGACAUAAACAAAGACAUCGGUACCAAAGCGGACCCGGAAUCUUGGGGCGAGCUGCACGCGAAAGUAAUCGAUUGCGACAACGAUCUUAUCUCGAGGAAAGGGUAUCGGUGCUGGGGCAUGGGUAUCUGCGCCGCCGAGGUUGUCGACGCCAUCGUACGAAAUACUUGUAUCUGCGUCACGGUUUCCACCUACUUGAAGGGUUGUCGACACGGCCUCGAGAAAGACGUUUACAUGUCCCUGCCCUGCAUAGUAGGUAGAAACGGCAUAGAGACGCUUCUUCGUCACCCGUACACACCGGAGGAGCAAGAACUCACGGAGACGUCGUGUCGAACUAUCUUCGAGACUCAAAAAUCGAUUCUCAAUAGUUUGGAAUAAGUUCCUUCUUUUUCUUCUAUCGAGAAUAUUUCAAAUUUCACGCAUUUCCUCAGCUUUUAUGUGAAAAAUUAGAAAGUUGAUGCGAAUAAAAUUGAAACAAAAUUAAA